GGCAGCCGCGCCCGCGGCCCAUUCGCUCGUCAACUGCGGCCGAGAUAACGUGUCUGCGCCACUCAAACACACGCUCGCGAUAAGUGAAAAUUAUUCUCACAAACAAGCAACAAAUGGCCAACAGUGAAACGUAAACAAGUGAUACAGUGAAGUUCAAUACUUUCUGAGUUCCCCUCGAGAAACUACUGAACUGCUUGUGGAAGUUUGUGAAGUGCAAGUCGGCGGCUUGAAACCUGGCCCCGACAUGGAGAGUUGCUACUUCGAUAUCUCCAACGACCUAAAGGAUGUCUGGGACGCGGACAUCGACCCGGAAAUGCAAGACGUUUUAGACGAAGACAGCGAGAUGGGUGAUUGGCUGAUCAGAGACAGGGACUCCAAAUUAGGCGUGGUGUUGCACGACAGGCUGAUGUCAGAGGCCCUGGGCGGCGCGCCCAUCAAGACAGAACACAGCUACAGCCUACACUCAGACGUCGAAUCAGAGCCACCCUCACCUAAUCACACCAAAGUCGAUGAUAUGGAAGAUGAAUGUUACCCCGCUAUACCAGCAAGCGCGUGGCGAAGCAGGCGGCGCUCCAGCAGUUCACCUCUACCAGAAGUGAAGGCUGAGCCCAAGUCAGAGCCAGAGUCACCUGCCUCCAGCUGUCCACCUUCACCAAUUCCUGGCACACCAGUCACACAUGUCGAUUACGUCAUUGAUCACACGACGGGGACAAUCCACAUGCCACAAGCCGUGCUACAGAAAGUAGGUGCGGCGGGAGUACCACAAUUACUGCUAAGCACCGCUCCGCGCAUCGCUAACUCCUUAAAUAAUAAUAAACUUUCCAUCAAAGUCACAUCCUCGGGUUCUUCAGCAGGCUUCAAUCUCCCACCAACGCCGCCAUCUUCCCUGUCUUCAUCAGACAGUGAAGGUGCAUUGUCGCCUGCCCAUGAGACUUCACCGCCGACUGCGCCGGCCCCGCCCUCUCGCAGGACCCAUCUCUACGUGUCUCACCACUCUCGACAACCUAUUAAUACGCCACUUAUAAGUAGCCAACCGAAAGGUUCAACGGGCACUCUAAUGCUAACAGAGGAAGAAAAGCGCACAUUGCUAGCGGAAGGUUACCCUGUACCCACACGCCUACCCCUGACCAAGGCUGAGGAAAAAUCUCUAAAGAAAAUUAGGAGGAAAAUUAAAAAUAAGAUAUCUGCACAAGAAAGCAGACGCAAAAAGAAAGAAUACAUGGACCAAUUAGAAAGGAAAGUGGAGAUACUUUUAUCAGAGAAUACGGAUUAUAGGAAGAAAGUAGACAACUUAGAGCAGAAGAAUGCAAGUCUAAUGAGUCAAUUGGCCGCUCUUCAGGCUCUUGUGAACCGAGGGGGUAGGAAGUGACGUCACAAAUAGCCGAUGACGUCAUACAGGACUAAUUCACCGUCUGUACCACUUCAAUACAAAAUUGAUCGAUUGACGUUCCGUCAUUGAUUAAUGAAUGGCAAAAUUAAAUUGUGAAUAUAAACUUAGGUUAGAUGAAUCUUUUCUUUCGAAAAUCAAUUUUUGCAACUUCUUUCAGUCUUAUUAAAGUUUUAUUUUCCUUCACAACUUUACCAACGUUUAUAAUCAUACAGCAGUAUUAUUGCCAGUUCUAAUGUGGUCAUUUAACCAGACAAUUUGGCUGUGAGAAGGCUAGGUAUAACAUUCUCACAGUUCGCUUUUGUAUAAAUAGUAUAUGACAACGACACUGUCCCAUUACUUAUAUUUAAGGAUGUAUAUUUUGGAUGUAAUUUACAUUUUAUCGAACGUUAUUUAGGUAUCCAAAUGACUGUUAGAGUUUGAAUGGUUGCUCACUAUGUUAGUAAUAGGUAUUUUGUGGUGCUGACCAGGCCUGAAGCUCGUAUUUAAGUCAGCGCCAUCUAUCGAAUUGGCGGUGAAACAGGGAUACGUUGGGCUCUACAUGAACGUUUAUUGUUAUACGUGUGUUGUUUGAAAUCUCGUAAAAUAGUAAAACCGCUAACUAUAUUAAGCCUAUUUCAAUGUGCAGUUGUGGGUUAAAUGUAACUCGAUAUUUGCUGUUAAAUAAAUGCCUAAAAUAUAUUCUUAAUAUUUCUUAGAAAAAUAUUUAUAUUGUGUAUUUGAAUAAACAAAAUGAUUUUAUCCAAAUAAAUUUUAUAAGCGUUACCAAGUGUUUUUUAAUGUAAGUUUACGAAUUUCUUAUUUCGUACGAAUGUUAUGGUACUACUUAUUAGUAAUAUCGCGGUGAACUAGAUUUUAUCGGACAUGUUAUUAGCUUAAUAGGUAAGGUCACCUUACCGCGUACCACUGAAUUCCAUGAAUUUGCAUUUAUAGAGAAAAGUGUAUCGUCCUAGAGAUUUAACGCAUAUUUAAGAUUAGUUAUAAAUGGACCUAUUUAAAGACGGAUUAUUAAACAUAUUUUCGGUUGUCUAGUCUAUCAGUAACAGUAGAUUUUUGGAGCCUUUAAUUCCUUGCUCUACGGUUUGUAUUCCAGAACGUGGAAUGGAUGGAACACGCUUUGGGAUAUGCGCCUGUGUAUCGAUAAGUACAAAACGGCAUGCCUUCAACGAAAAUUACGAUACUUAAAACUUAAUAUAUGUGUAAAAAUGGUGCCAAUGUAAACAAAACAGUUUCAUUUCGCAUUUUUUGCUCAAUCCCUAUUUAUGGCAAAUUUUCAAGAUUAAACUAAUUAAUACAUAUACAAACUUAAAUCUUUUUGGAAACAGUCUAAACUUAUUUUGCCAAACCUAGUUUAACAGCAAUAAAUGCGAUUUAUAUAUUGUACAACCAUUUUGUAAUUUAAUAUAUAUUUAUGAAUAAAUUUCCACUUACUUUAAAUAACCAUCUUAAAUGGAAUCUCGCUGUUUUCGUUACGGCCUUGCCAACUUUUAAUUGAACAAGCAUUCAGACUUGACAGUGCAGCUUAAAUGAACAUUCCAUUUAUUAUCUGUGACUUAAAGUAAACACUAGUACUUAUUAUUAUCUCCGUACAAAACGAUUUUAGUAUAAACGUAUCAUGUAAUACGAUGCAUAAUCCUUAUUUAUAUAAUCAAACUAUCUCAAUUGAUUGGCAUAUUCAUUUAGUACGACAAUUUGUGCAAUUCUUUUUUACAUUAGAUGUUCUUCCUAUUUAGUAUAUAAGAAAUAUUUCUAUUUAUACUGCGCUAAUGUUAUAUUGUACAUAUAUCCCAACGAGGAUAAAUAAAAGAAUUUAUUGAAAUAUAUUUUAAGAGAUUUUUUCUAAUUAUAUGUAUGUAUACUGUUUACGUGUCUGUCGCUAUACAUGUUAGAUAUAUGUAUUACAUAUUUGGAACUGUGUGUGUGCCUGCAAAAUUGUCUACAAUUACGCGGAUAGUGAAAGAGAGGUCUCUGUGGAGCUUAGUAUUUAAAUUUUAGGUCAAUAUUUAAUUCCUAACAUGGCAUUUACCGUCUACAGCUGAGUGAUUUUAAAGAUUUUUAUGAAUUUAUGAUAGUUGGUAAUUCGCUGUGUGUACAUUAUAUUUCGUUGUAAUGCCAAACAAGCUAACCUCUGGAGCGACAUAUUGGUCCAUUUGAUUCUUAAAUAUCAAGAUUAGAAAUAUCGCUUUGUCGUAUCGUUACACAUUUGAUGUGUAAUUAUGAUAAUAGUUUUAUUUGUUAAAACUAUUCUGUUACCUUGAGUCAUGAUUUGUUAAAUCGUUUGUUUUAUUAUGAUUGUAUUAUUUUUCAAACAUUACAUACUGUCACUUUUGAGCUAAUAAAGAUCGGAUUUUAA